GUUGCUUUUAGCAUUUAGAUUCUUAAUGCAAAAAUGGGGUUGCAUUUAGUUGCAUUUAGGUGACGAAUUUUAUACGGAUAAAUGCAAUGCAAUUUUCCACGUCGGUCUGCCAAGGAUGCCACUUGGAUAAUAGGUGCAAAGCGUCUUCUAAGACAUUUAUAUUGUCAUGGGAUUCCCAUAGGCUUGGCCAAAAGUUCCGGGGAAUCGAUGGUCGAAAUAAAAAUCACAAACCAUCGUGAAACCCGAUUCAUCAAAAUGCCUGAUGGACCUCUUGGAGUACGAGCAGCAUUGAGUGCAGGAAUGCAGGUAGUAAUAGUGCCUGACCAGCCUGUGCCGAAGAAACUCUACGAAGGGGCAACAAUAGUUUUCAAAUCGUUACAAGAUUUCAAACCAGAAUAUUAUGUCUUGCCGCCAUUUCCCUCAAUUUAAAUAGUUUA